CUUCUUAUAUGUAUCGUGCCAUGUCUAGCUUGGAAAAGGGGCUGUUUUGUCAUGCCUAUAUUACGGAUUGUAAGGGUAAAACUUUAUUCGACAAAGGUAUGAUGGACUGUUCCGAUCCUUGUUUAGUGACGAAACGUGAUGAUAUUCCAGACGAUGGUCCAUAUUGUUCUCAUUUGAUCGUUCAUGAAGAUUUGUCGACUCCUGGCCAAGCGAAAUACCUCAAAUUUGAAGCAAAUGAAUGCGCUCAAAUAGAUGGUAACUUUAAAAGUUGGACCUUUAAGGAAGUAGCAUGUCCUAAAACAUAUCCAAAAGCUUGUAAACCAAUUAAAAUACAUUAG